AUGACUACAUACUACAAUUUCACAUUUGAUCGUUUCUCAACAAAUGGCUCAUACUUUACUCUAGAGGGGGCUAAGUGUAAUGGUGUUGAUGCUGUGAAUAUCAGUAACCCAUAUGAUGAGCUAGUUAAUUCAUUAUUCAGCUGUUAUGGUCCUAGGUACAGGGAACAGAUUGAAGAAGCAAAUAACUCAACGAAAAGUUCCCUGGCUACAACACCUCCUACACCUGCGUAUAAAUUAAUUAUAUUCAUGGCAUUAUUAAUGAUCGCACAAUGCGCAUCUGCUAUGAACAUCACUAGUGCUAUUAACCUAGACACAUUAAGAAAGAGAGACUUACUAAAUCACGAGCAAGGUAUUGAUAAUAUAAUCAGUUCUUUACCAGUAGGUACUGUUUAUACUUAUGAUGAUUUUACAGUCUAUGGAGAAGUAACUGAUAGAAAUGGCACCGACAGCAAUAUCCAGAAGAGAUGUGUAGUUGUGGGAGCCAUCUGUUUGCCUCGGUGUCAAACGUCACGCGUGACUGAAAAACGUAUGUACAGACGGGGUAACUGGUACGGAGGUUGGGAUAGAGUCAGUAACUGUCUAGAAUCAGGGCUUGGUCGUGGGGGGCUGAUAGCUUUGCUGUACAGUUUCUCAAAGACUGAAACCCAUGAGGCUGGGUUUGACAUUAAUUUCGGGGUGGACUGGAUCAAUGCUCAUAUGGGAUACUCGGUGUCCAGAACAUACUCGAAGAGUACAACUUACACCUGUGAUUCUGAUCCCGGUGACUGGGCAUUAUCUUUAUGGUAUCUGCAGCAUUACAUAUGGAUGGAAACGCAAGAACGUGUACGUACUGUUUAUUCAGCUGACUGUCAUGCAGGAUCAGUAUCUUAUACUGGCUGGGGAACAACUAGGCACGCCGACAUACCGAUUUCUAAGCAAGAUGGUGAUAUGGAUGAAGGGAAAUUUGGUUGCAGCGUAAAUGAGGCUGCUGAGUGCUAA